UUUAAUAUUUCUCUUCUCUCUCAUUAAAUCUUAGGAUUUGGUAUGGGAAUGGAAAUAGUAGUUGUGGGUAUUGUUUGUGCAGGUGUAUUUUUAUUGAAAUGGGUGGUUGAGAAUAUGAAUUGGUGGUUGUACGAGAAGAACCUAGCUAGCCACAUAAGGUAUGAAUUGCCCCCUGGUGAUUUGGGCUGGCCUUACUUUGGAAACAUGUUCUCUUUCAACAAAGCCUUCAAGUCUCCCAAUCCUGAAUCCUUCCUAGCCACCUUUGUGAACAGGUUUGGGCGCACGGGUAUGUACAAGGCUUACAUGUACGGAAAUCCGAGCAUAAUCGUGACAAGCCCAGAAGCAUGCCGGAAAGUUCUAACAGAUGAUGACGCGUUCCAGCCCGGCUGGCCUACUUCCACUCUCAAUCUCAUGGGAAGGAAGUCUUUUGCCAAUAUAUUCGACAACGACCACAAAUGGCUGCGCAAGCUAACGGCCGCCCCCAUCAAUGGCUUCGAAGCACUGACCAUGUACAUGAAAUACAUCGAAGAAAACGUCGUUACAGCCCUUGACAGCUGGGCAGACAUGGGACAGAUCGAGUUCUUGACUGAGCUGCGCCGCCUUACUUUCAAGAUCAUAAUGCACAUCUUCCUCAGCUCGGAGGGAGAACACGUGAGGGAGGCGUUGGAGAAGGACUACACCAUGCUCAACUAUGGAGUCAGGGCCAUGGCCAUUAAUCUCCCCGGAUUUUCCUAUUACAACGCGCUUAAGGCGCGAAAGAAUCUUGUAGCGGUAUUGCAAGGGGCAGUGACUAGGCGGAGGGCACUAAAGAGGGAGAAUCCGUCGUGUCCGAACAAGGACAUGCUGGAUAACCUUCUAGAUGCUGCAGAUGAGAAUGGUAGAAGAUUGGAUGAUGAAGAGAUCAUUGAUAUUUUGGUUAUGUAUCUGAAUGCUGGGCAUGAAUCUUCAGGGCACACAACUAUGUGGGCUGCCCUUUUCUUACAACAGAAUCCUCAUACAUUUGAGAAAGCUAAGGCUGAGCAAGUGGAAACUGUGAGGAAAAGACCAGCAGGGCAAAAAGGUCUGACACUAGAAGAAAUACGGAAAAUGGAUUAUCUUAAUAAGGUUAUCGAUGAAACGCUUCGUGUGGUCACAUUCUCGCUGUCGGUCUUUAGAGAGGCAAAGAAAGAUGUCAAUGUUUGUGGUUACACAAUUCCGAAAGGAUGGAAAGCUCUGGUGUGGUUCAGGAGCGUUCACUACGACCCUGAAACAUGGCCAGAACCGAAGAAGUUUGAUCCUUCGAGAUGGGAUAAUUUCACACCAAAAGCUGGGAAUUUCAUGCCUUUUGGAGGUGGAAGCAGAUUGUGCCCUGGAAAUGAUCUAGCCAAGCUUGAAAUUGCAGUCUUCCUUCACUAUUUUCUUCUCAACUAUGAGUUGGAGCGCGACAAUCCUGAUAGCCCGGUGAUGUUCUUGCCACAUACUAGGCCAAAAGACAACUGCCUAGGAAGGAUAAGAAGGGUGUCUGCUCAAACUUGAAUUUCUACUUGUAAUUAUCUCUUCAACUACGAUCCAUCAUUUUAAUGUAGUUGAAAGAAAGAAAAAUAAUAUUCAGGUGUUGCAUGUGGAACUUCAUGGGAAUUAUUAGCAUAUGUUGAUUGUUCAAUAAAAGAAUUCAUCUCAAAGCUAUAUAUAUGAUGAGUUUUA